AUGCUGGCUGGCUCACGCUCGCUGCUUUCUCUCUUGCUCACCUCGCUCGCCCUGGCCUGCUCCAUCCUGGCCUUUUCUUCCAGUUACUGGUGUGAGGGGCAGCACAAGGUGGUGAAGCCGCCCUGCCUCUCUCCCAUCAAGACAAAGAAUUGCGGAGCCACUCAGAGCCAACUCUCCACCGCACAGACCACCACAGGGCAGAGCAGCAGCUCCUCAACAGCAUCCCUGACACCCACAGGCAGCGACGGCGCCAGAGAGGGGGAGAGGGGGGUGAAGAAGGAGAGGGAGGUGGACAGAGAGAAGGAUUUGAACCGCACAGAGUCCCAGCGCCGGCAGGAGCAGCUCCGACUGAAAGAGGUGCAGCAGCUCAACAACGCAGUGCAGUACAUCUGGGAGACAGGAGAGGACAAAUACACCUUCCGAUACUUCCACACAGGCUUUUGGUAUUCCUGUGAGAGACAUCACGAUGGUGAGAAGUGUCGCAGUUUCAUUGAUCUCACUCCGGCCUCAGAGCAGGGGGUCCUGUGGCUGUCUGUAAUCUCUGAGUUCCUGUAUAUCUCUCUCCUGUCAGUUGGUUUCUUCCUCAUGAGUUUGGAGGUUCUCUGCUCCGGGAAUCGGAUGAGGAGACUCAAGAUCAAUGCCUUUGCUGCCAUCUUCACUGUGCUGUCAGGGCUGCUGGGGAUGGUGGCUCACAUGAUGUACAUGACAGUGUUUCAGAUGACCGUGAGUCUCGGACCCAAAGAUUGGCGCCCACAGAGCUGGGACUACGGCUGGUCCUUCACUCUGGCCUGGCUCUCGUUCAGUUGCUGUAUGGCCGCUGCCUGCCUCACUCUCAACUCCUACACCAAAACCCGGCUGGAACUGCGAUGCAGGCAGAGGCUGCGAUUGGACGAGGGGAGGGGAAGCCAUGCCCCCUCCUAUGAUGAUGUCAUGCUGGGGGCGGGGCACGACCGGCUCUUUUCAAUCAGCACUCUCCUGGAGCUCGGUGACAGCGGGGACCACGACGACCAUGACGACGACAGAGCGGGCCACGCCCCCCAACAACGCGUCAUAGAGUGGGUGGGGCCUCGCAUAGACCCGCCCCCUGUGUUCAUGGACCUGGAGUGUGAGGAGUGUGAGAGAGAGAUAGAGAGAGAGAUAGAGGAAGAGAGGAUGGAUGAGAGUAAGGAGGAGAGGAGGGAUGAGUUCUGCUGAGAGAGGAUGGGAGGGGAGAGGAGAGAGGAGAGAGUUAAUGUUCAGAAGAAAAUUCUGGACUUUUAGGGAUGCUUUUGAAAACUGGGAAAGUGGACAAAACAAAAGGCUGAUGAACGUCCAACUUUUUAAGAACAAAAUGGACACCAUUGCUCCCUCGAAGACACGUGUGUGCAGACAUUUGACACCUACAGAAAGGAGCUUCACUCGGCUGGUGCAAGACUAGCUGAACGCAGCUGAGAUAUGUCUUUGUAAUUCAACGCGGCUCCAGAGAUCACGUUUUAAAAGAUAUGUCUUUGUAAUUCAACGCGGCUCCAGAGAUCAGAUUUUAAAAGACAUGUCUUUGUAAUUCAACGCGGCUCCAGAGAUCAGAUUUUAAAAGAUAUGUCUUUGUAAUUCAACGUGGCUCAGAGAUCACAUUUUAAAAGAUAUGUCUUUGUAAUUCAACGCGGCUCCAGAGAACAUAUUUUAAAAGAUAUGUCUUUGUAAUUCAACGCGGCUCCAGAGAUCAGAUUUUAAAAGACAUGUCUUUGUAAUUCAACGCGGCUCCAGAGAUCACAUUUUAAAAGAUAUGUCUUUGUAAUUCAACGUGGCUCCAAAGAUCAGAUUUUAAAAGACAUGUCUUUGUAAUUCAACGCGGCUCCAGAGAUCACAUUUUAAAAGGUGACUCUCAAGCUGCGGGUGAAACGUGCCGGCUGCUCUCUUCAACAGCAUUUCUCUUCUGACAGGAAAGCUCUUGCUGUAACAUGUGUUUCUGUGGACAGUCCCCGUUGUGUUGUACAGUGUGAGGAGGUUAUCCCAUCAGCUAGAGUCGGGGUGAGAAGAUAACUUCAGUUUUUAUUGUGUAACUUUAUUGAUAACACUUUGCAUUAAGUUUCUCUACAGUGUACAGUGAAACUGUGUUUAUCCAUGUGCUUUGGGAGACAUAGGUCCAGGGAUGUGUGAAAUCCGUGGAUAAAUUAGGUACCUUCACAACAUGGUCUCAUUCCAAUGAGACCAUGUUGUGGUCUGAGUUUGCCAAUGAUUCUCAUGUUUUAGAUUUAGAUUUGUCUACUUUUGGGAUGUAAUUGUUUUGUGCCUCUAGUACUACAUUUUUAAAAAACAGCCAUCCUUUUUCUGUGGAUGUUUUCUCUAUUUUACUCCAAUCUACUAUUAGUCUCCGUUUCAUACCUUCGUAGUUUGCUUUUCUAAAAUUGUAAACCUUAGCUUUAGUCAUUACUUUUGGGGUUUUAAAAAAUACUUCAAAUGAGACCAUGUUGUGGUCUGAGUUUGCCAAUGGCUCUCUGACCUCUGUUUUAGUUAUUCUGUCUUCGUUAUUUGAAAAGACUAAAUCAAGGCAUGCCUCCCCUCUAGUUGGUGCCUUGACAAAUUGCGUUAGGAAGCAGUCAUUUGUCAUUUCCACCAUUUCAAUUUCGUCCGUCGUGCUCCCCACCGGGUUUUCCCAUUUUAUACGGGGGAAGUUGAAAUCCCCCAUUAGUAUGGCUUCUCCUUUGCUACACGCAUUUCGAAUGUCAUUGUAUAACAGAUUAUUUUGCUCAGCGUCUGAAUUAGGCGGUCUAUAGCAUGCUCCUAUUAUUAUGCCCUUUGAAUUUGUGUCCAUUAUUCUGACCCAUAUUGAUUCUGCAUUGUUUUCUUUGUCCUGAUUUAACACCUGGGCUUCAAGACUAUUUCUUAUGUAUAGCGCUACCCCUCCGCCUCUUCUGUCCUGCCUGUCUUUCCUAUACAGUGUGUACCCACUAAUAUUAUAUUCGUCUCCAUCACUCUCAGACAACCAAGUUUCUGUAACACCUAUCACAUCGUAGUUACUUGUUAGUGUAGUAGCUUCAAGUUCUAACAUUUUGUUUCUGAGACUUCUAGCAUUAAGAUAAAUACAUUUAAUAGUUGUCUUACCUGAGUUGUUGCCUUUGUUUUGAUGUAGUCUCCCUUCUGUUUUUUUGUUUUCUCCCCCCUUCCUUUCUAGUUUAAAUGCUUCUGGACCUCCUCAAGGAUCCUAUAUAUAUAUAUAUAAUUAUUUCUGUUUUACUUACUCAAUGUGAAACUUGUUGCUGGUGCUGAGCAACAAUUCUGUCAAGACGUGGAGGUAUCUUCACAAGCACAUCACACAUGUCAUGGUCAUUGCUCAUCCUGGCUCGGUACUUUGUUUUCAUCAAUGUCACGGCUGAAAAUCCGGUUUCGCAUAAGUAGGUUGUACUGAAUCCAACAUUUUCAGUGCUGCAGAAGAAGCAUUUCACUGAGGGAGCUGUCUGAUGAAAAGUCAGUGAACUCUUCUAUCAGCUUUGAUGGGACAGAGGGUGGCAGUUUAGCUUCAAUAUUCUCACCUCUGGGGUUUGUAGCCCGCAGGUGUGUAGUGGCUUGUUCUGUCGUAUUAGAUUUGUGGAGUAGAGCAGACAGAUGCGCUGUCGGCUGAGGUUUGAUUACGUCAAAGUUUCGUUCUUGAAUGAAAGAAUGUAAGAGCUCAAAUAUACCAGCAGCCCCCCCCCCCGCCCCACCAGACACAAACUUUCUAGAGUUGGUUUCCUUUUGAAUGUGUCAGUUCUUUCACGCUGGGCAAUAAAAUGAGUGCUCCCACCUUGCAUAGUUUUAUUCCGCUUAUUUAUUUCACUGAAUAUGUCUGCGAGGUAACCCAGUUUUGCCAGCCACACGUCAUCUUUCAGCACUUUUGCAAGUUCGGGUUUCUUAUCAGCUUAGAAAGUAUGUAACUCUUUCUUGAUAUUAAAUAUAUGGGUAAGCAUUCUGCCUUGAGCUAGUAAUCUCACCUCUGUAUGCAUGAGCAGGGAAUGGUGCUCUGCACCCGCUGUCACACAGCCGAUCAGUGCACUGAGAGUCUUCUGAUGUAAAAACGAUCCGUCGUUUGACAGUGUCAUUUCACAUUGGUAUUUUUGCCAGUUCCUUGGCCUUCUGCUCUCUAAACAUUUCCUUUACAAUUUCAAUGGCACACGGCCUUAUCAACUCCUCAGCAAGCUUGUGUUAUUUUCUAGGCUAUUUUCUCAGUUGUUUCUCGGUUAUUUGAUCUAUUUUCUCGGUUAUUUUCUAGUUAUUUCUGUUAUUUUCCAGGUUAUUUUUUUUUAAAUCAAUUUUCUAGGCUAUUUUCUCUAUUUUCUGUUAUUUGCUCUGUUAUUUUCUGUUAUUUUAUCUAUGUUCUCGGUUAUUUUCUGUUAUUUUAUCUAUGU